AUCAGUAAUAAUUCAACGUUCCGUUAUAUGUAUAGCGUCUUAAAUGGAAAUGUAUUUUUAUAGUAAUACAGUGGUGUAAAAUACAAACUAAAGGAUUUAAGUCAUUUCUGAUGAAUAUUUUUCAGCUGGUAUAAUUGAAUAAUUUUAUUUGCACACGGGAUCAUUACAAUGUACUGUAAUGUUACACAAUCAAGAACGAAUUGGCGUAGUAGGAACGUGUUUUAAGGCGUUUUGACAGUCGGAGUUUGCGCGUUGAAAAUGUCAAAGUUCACUCGUAGUUCUCCAUUGGAGCGUUUGUUUGGUGUGAAUAAGAAAUAAAAUAAUGUUUGUGUGAUAAUGUGUCAUUGUUGUGAUGUGAUAUUUUUAAAACCAUUAAUUAGGAUGUGAAAUCAGAUAUUUUUUGACCUUAGUAAAUACUAACUCAGUCAAGAUGCUGAUUAAAGAGUAUAGAAUUCCUUUACCUCUCACAGUAGAGGAAUACAGGAUUGCGCAGCUGUAUAUGAUUGCAAAAAAAAGUAAAGAAGAAAGCACUGGUGAAGGCAGUGGUGUCGAGAUCCUGGUCAAUGAGCCAUAUGAAGAUGGACCUGGAGGUAAAGGUCAGUACACACAAAAAAUAUACCAUGUUGGUAGUCAUUUGCCAGGAUGGUUUAAAAGUCUACUGCCAAAAUCAGCUUUAACAGUUUCAGAGGAAGCUUGGAAUGCUUAUCCAUACACAAAAACAAGAUAUACAUGUCCAUUUGUUGAAAAAUUCUCAUUAGAAAUAGAAACUUAUUACUUUGCUGAUAAUGGCCACCAAGAAAAUGUCUUCAAAUUAUCUGGCAGUGAUUUAAAAAAUAGAGUAGUUGAUGUUAUUGAUGUUGUGAAAGAUCAACUUUAUGGCGCUGAUUAUGUUAAAGAAGAAGACCCAACACUAUUUGUGUCUCAGAAAUGUAACAGGGGGCCCCUAACCGAGUCUUGGCUAGAGGAUUAUUGGAGAGAAGUUCAGGGAAAACCACAACCUUUGCCAAAUGGAAAAUCACUAAUGUGUGCUUACAAACUGUGUAGGGUAGAAUUCCGAUACUGGGGCAUGCAAACCAAACUAGAGAAAUUUAUUCAUGAUGUUGCUUUGCGGAAAACAAUGUUACGCGCUCAUCGCCAGGCGUGGGCUUGGCAGGACGAGUGGCACGGCUUAACGAUGGAAGAUAUACGGGAAAUAGAACGACAAACUCAGUUAGCACUCCAGAAAAAGAUGGCUGGAGACACCAGUGACGAGCAGGAUAUUUCUGAGGACAAUUCUAAAUCUCUAGCUGCCACAAUGAGUAGCCUGGAAAAGAAUGAAGACGUGCCAACACCGAUAGUGACAAAGAAAAAUAAUUUAGAAAAGAAAAUGCAAAAGCAUUUGAGCCCCGAGGGAACUCCGCCAUCAGAACACAAAAGUUCCAAGUCUAAUCUUAGAUCAUCGUCUUCCGGAUCUAUAAAGAGUUUGCAAGCGCAAGCAGCUAACUGGCGCAUGGAAACUCUCGUUAGAGAAUCUGAGACGGAAACUGGUUCUGAGGAUGAAUUCUACGACUGUGAAUCUUCGUUUAACAAAUGGUCAUCAAUGUGCUCACUCGAUGAAGGAGACAUCGAUAUAUCACCGACACAAAUAGACCAAAACCAAGAAGACAGCAUAUUUAAUCCCUCAUUCCUCAAAAGAGUUACAUCCGAGAGAGGCUCUCGCCGAAUCGGUACUUUACAAAGUCACCAGAGUAUUGACGGCGGCCCUGACACUCCAGUUCACGGCUCGUGUCAAACAACAGUAUUAAUAUUAGUAUUUCAUGGUGGUAGCGUUUUAGAUGCCAAUAUUGAUAUGACUGCUAAGAAAUCAGAUGUAACAACUUUUAAGGGUGCAUUUGAAUCUGUCAUGCGCCAACACUAUCCGACUCUUGUAGGGCAUAUAGUUAUAAAGCUAGUUCCGUGUCCAUCUAUUUGCACGGAAAGUUUAGGGAUAUUAUCCACAUUGAGUCCUUAUAGUUUUGAUUGUUCACCAUCUACGAUUGAAACACCAUCUCUUACUAACGAUUUAAUUCCUAUUGGUGCGAUUCCUUUAAUUGCUACUAAUUCGCCAGAUUAUCCCGAGUCUGUAACGAAGACUAUUAACUCUGCAAAUGCGGUUUAUAAUGAAUUUAUAAAAUCGAGUGAUGGCAAAGGAUUUAGUGGUCAAGUCUGCGUAGUUGGUGACAGCAUGGGCGCUGUACUCGCUUACGACUCACUUUGUCGUACUUUGCAGUACCAGUCGCGGCAUGACAGUGAAAACAGCAUUUUAGACACCGAAAUAACCAUUCCUAAUGAUCCAACAGAAAACUAUAUAAAUAAAUCUCAUCUCCAAGCUCCCACCCCGCGACGAAGGUCGUCUUCCACGAGCGAUAACCAGGUCAAACUGGAAUUUGAAGUCAGUGAUUUCUUUACAUUCGGUAGUCCUUUAUCGGUUAUUGUUGCAUCGAGAAAAAUAGCCGAUGAUAAAUAUCGUGACAUUGUCAAACCACCAGUGCAACAAGUGUUUAACUUAUUUCAUCCGACUGAUCCAGUGGCUGCUAGAGUGGAGCCUUUACUAUCGGCUAGGUUCACAAAUUUGCCACCUAUUAACAUUGCGAGAUAUGCUAAAUAUCCAUUAGGUAACGGUCAACCAUACCACUUAAUGGAAUUAAUCCAGAGUCACCCACAAUUGUUUGGAGAUCACUUGCAAAUGCCACCAACUCCAGUAUUGAGAAGGCUUUCCGAAGUAUCGAUGCAAAGUACAGUCAGUGGGUUAGUCGAUAAUAUUCCACUAAUUACUAUGAAUGCAUUGCAACAAAAGUGGUGGGGAUCUAAACGAUUAGACUAUGCUUUGUAUUGUCCAGAAGGAUUAAGCAAUUUCCCAAUGAAUGCUCUGCCUCAUUUGUUUCACGCUAGUUACUGGGAGAGUUCUGAUGUUAUUGCGUUUAUUCUACGCCAAGUUGGACAUUUUGAUUUGGCUCUAUACGGUCACUCAGAAGAUAAGGAUAGCCAGUCGUUCAACCCCGGUCAAGAGAGGGAGAAAUGGAUAAAAAAGAGGACAUCAGUUAAACUAAAGAAUGUUGCUGCCAAUCAUAGAGCUAAUGACGUGAUAGUAAAGGAAGGGUGCCCGCAAAUGUUUACAGCCAGAUUUAUGUAUGGUCCACUGGACAUGAUUACAUUAACGGGCGAGAAAGUCGAUAUUCAUAUGAUGAAAGACCCUCCAGCAGGAGAAUGGACGUUGUUGUCUACCGUCGUCACGGAUAAAACUGGUAGAAUCUCCUAUUCAUUAACUGAAAAACAAAGCGUGGCUUGUGGUAUAUACCCGCUAAGACUUGUUGUCAGAGGAGAUCAUACAAGCUGUAGUUUCCAUCUCGCUGUUGUUCCUCCUGAAACAGAAUGCGUGGUUUUCAGUAUUGACGGCUCCUUUACCGCGAGUGUAUCUGUGACUGGCCGAGACCCAAAGGUUAGGGCAGGUGCAGUGGACGUAGUACGCUUCUGGCAAGACUUGGGUUAUCUUAUAUUGUAUAUCACUGGGAGACCUGAUAUGCAACAGCGGAGAGUCGUGUCAUGGUUAGCAGAGCAUAACUUUCCUCACGGGCUAGUAUUUUUCUCUGAUGGGUUCUCAACAGACCCCCUAGGGCACAAAGCGGCACAUUUAAAAAGCCUCAUAAGCGAGCACGGCAUUAUUCUCCAUGCCGCUUAUGGAUCUGGAAAAGAUAUUAGCGUAUAUAACAACUGUGGAUUGUCCGCUAAGCAGAUAUACGCAAUUGGGCGCAUCAGUAAAAAGUAUAACCAUAUGGCUACGACUUUGAGUGAUGGUUAUGCCUCUCAUUUGGCCGAUUUAAAGUCGCCUGGCGCUGUUCGGCCUGCGAGGGGAAAUGCGCGCUUGCUCGUGCCGCGCCGAUUACUGGCUCCAGUGGCUAGCGUGUCGACUCGCGGCCGCCGUUAACUCAAACAUAUUCUGUAUCAUUCUUGGCACUGGCCUUGCAUGCAAAUUAGAUGAAGGCAUUAAAAAGGAUCGAGUAGCAUCGUAGAUGGUGAGCAAUAUUAAAUUAUAUUUGAAAUAUUGAUGCGUCUUUAAUGCUGUUACAUUGCUAUUGGCUGUUACCAACUAAUACCUAUUGUCCUUCUCAAUAUUAUGUUUUAAAAAAUGUAUUAUUGAGUGAAAUGUACUAGUCUUACUAGAUUUUUCAUGCUUGUGCAUGCAUCAUUAUAUAAACUAGCAUAUUUCUUAAGCAAAGCCGUUAAGCCUGAAGCAAUGGAGUAUUGUGCUAAGAAAAGGCUAGACAAUCUAUCGUCACUAUGUACCUUACUAUUUUAAAUAAUGUAAUGGUAUGUAAUGCGUUAUCUACGGUAGGUGUUAUUAGAAUAUUUGAAAGAUUCUUUACAAACAUUAAUUAUUAAUUGAAAAAGCAAAUGGUAUUAGUUAAGUUUUGGGAAUGUAGUAUUUUGUGACCUAUCGUGGAUGCCGCAUCCCAUACUACUGUUUAAUUACAUAAUAGACGUAAGAAUUCUUGUUACCUACUUCUCGUGAUUUAAAUUGGUGUAAGCCUAUUGAUUUAGAUAUUUAUUAUUUAGACCAUGUAUAUGUACUAAUAGUUAAAAUUGUUGGGAAUCUCCGAACAUUGAAACCGACCGUCGAUGUUCUAGUCGUACCUACGCGUUUUUCUCGUUCGUAUUUUAAUAUGUAAGUUACAUUUUCAAUAAGUGUAUGUAACGUAACGUCAAGUUAUUUAUGUUCCGACAUUGAGCAUUUAUGUAACGUAGGUCGUACCUGUAGAUUCUGUGUACGUGUCUAGAUAUGCAGCGCCUCAGUGCCCUCGUUUUAUGAUACGCUGAGCGCUGACCCGACCGGACAAUCGCUGACGAGUAGUGCCGAGUGAUGACACAAAUACUAAUACAUACUAUCUAUUGCUUUUUAACUAUGUAGGUACCUAAUGGUAUUUAGUGGCUUCCGUAGUUCUAUUUUGUUACCUAUAUAAUCUAAUCUUUAAAUAGUAUUGCAAAAUUAACUGUAAUGAGAACCUACUUUACUAAGUCCAACAUGUUCUAUUGUACAAAUUACAAAUGAUACGUAUUUUGCAGCUCGUGGUAUAUAUACAGGGUGAAAUCUGGGUCGUGUAGCAAGAAAGAAAAAUAAGACUUGCCACUUAAUUAGGAACACAACACUGUAGAUUAGAGUGCAUUAAUUUGUAUUUUUUUUGCACAUACAAAAAUAAAAUACAAAAUAAUUUCUUAUUUAGGAUCAUGGUCACCCUACAACUUGACAAGACAAACAUCUAGAAUCUCGAAAAGAAAGUAGUGGUAACUUACGAUAAUUAACUGAUAACACUUAUCUUCGGUUUUACAUUCAGUGUAAAAGCAAUUAAAAAGUUUAAAAAUAAUUUAAAGACUUUAUUAAAAUUAUUUACAAGCACUGGGACGGAGACUCCACAAGCUUUUAACAAAUACGAUCACAACUUAAACAUACUUCAGGAGCUUCUCAAAGUGUGAUCCGUUUUGCUGUCGACACAAUUCGGCUCGUCCUCUUAGGUUAUCUUUUAAAUCUGCCGAGAGCAAAGUGAUUCAUUUUCACACUUUCAAAUGCUCCAAUAUCUCGCUGACAAAGCUCUUCGAUGGUACACCAAUCUUUUGAUUUCGCCCCAGAGAAAAAAAUCCAAGGGCGUCAGGUCGGGACUACGAGAAGGCCUUGCCACGGGUCCGCCGCCGCCUCGGCCAAUCCAACGUCCCGGGGAACUGUUCAUCGAGGUAAUUGCGUACUCGGUGUUCAAAAUGAGCCGGAGCACCAUCGUGUUGAUAGUGUAGGUUAUGCAAGUAAUGUUCCGGCACUUCUCGCAGUAAUUCAGGCACCACUUUUCUCAACAUAUCAAUCGAUAACGUUGGUGAAAUAAAUCCCGAGCAGUGGUAGCACGACGUGCUUGGUAAUAAAACAUUACCAUGUCAGACCGCUCAACAUUUGAAAACUGAUAUGCCGCGGGCAUCUUUCUGCUUAAUUAUCUUUAAAAUUACCAGAAUUAAUGAACUCAAUGUACAAUCUUUGAAUGAUUUUAUUUAUUUCAAAGUUUUGACUUUGUCAUAACAGUGACGGUUGACAUUUCUUACUCAUCUAAUCAGUUGUUUAUUAAAUAGGUUUUAACAGUAAUUGUAAGGUAACCAUAAUUUGUGUUUUUAACUGGGAUACUUAAAUUGUUGAUUAAUUAAUGAAUAGCUGCAAUUAUUUAAAAAUUAACUUUAUACCUAACAUCGCGUUAAUUUACCGAGUUAAGUACAAUGGGUUUGAAUCACGACCCAGAUUUCGCCCUGUAUAUACACUUAUGCGGUAGGGAUGAGGAGUACUUACAGAUCAUGCCUAUUUAAACUAAGAAUAAUUUCCUCGAAUCCUCACAGUUGAUUUUUAAUAUAUAAAACUCUCCUUUGUCCGAAAUCAAAGACUUGUUAAACAUUCUGAGAACUAAAACUAUUUCUAUAUGUUUUGACACCAUGACCUUGCGUUGCGGACUUAAUAAUAUAUACCAAAUAUAUUAUUAAGUCCGCAAGAAAAUAUGAGCAUAAUUACAUUGACAUAAUUAUGUAACACAUACCAAAGUGCUUUAAAGUUUAUUUUAUUAAAUGUAUUAUGUUAUACCUACAUGUAUUUUAUCUUGGGUUUCGUGUAUGAAUAUAACUUUCGGUAGAUAUUGUAUUGGUCGAUAAUAUUAUAAAUUUGUGGGAACACACUUGGAUGGCUAAUCCCACAACGCAGCAAAAUAGAAUCGACGCGCGGGACGCGCGGGGGGGUUAGCGUCCAUGUAUGUUCUCACGGGCCCCGCCGCCAAAAUAUAAUUUUGGCAUAAUAUAUUUCAAUUAAAUACUAAAUUCUAAGUCAUAAAAUAUGUAUAUUUGUAAUAACUUUUUAUUAUUCUCUAUUUGUAAUAUAUUGGCAUUUAAAAUUUCUAUUGUUGAUAUUAUAAUAAACCUACCUAUUAUCUAAUAGAUUUAUUUUUGUAGACAGCAUUAAUUUACAUAGUAAUUUAAAGUAAUUAUAAUUGUAACAUAAAACUUAAAAGUAGUUGAAUAUAUUCCUGAUUCAGAUAUAAUUAUACUAUUAUGAGACGUUUUGGAAUUAAUUAAUGUUGUUUAAUUCAUAUUUUCAACUUGAAUAACAUCACUGUGUAUAAUAUUAAUGUCAGAUAAAUAAAAAAAACAGGCAAUAAACAUUCUGCCAAAUAAUGUUACACCCUUUGCCUAAUCUAAUACAUUUACUAUAGAUGGUCAAGCAAAUUUUGUCAGUAGAAAAAAGCGGCAAAUUUAAAAAAUGUAGGCGCGUAGGGUUAUCGACCCAUAGAAGAUUUGAAUUUCGCGCCUUUUUCUACUGACAAGAUUUGCUUGACCAAGUGGAAAAAUGUUAAGAUUUUUUUUUAUUGUUGCCAGAGUCUCAGAUGAUUGAGAUGAUGUAGGUAGUGUGGUGUGACCUGCCAAUGCCAUUAGAAUAUAAAUAAAAAAUGAUAGAAGACAAAUACAUACUAUAUGUAUGUACUUACGUUUCCCUUCAUUCCGCUGACUAAGGUAUUCCGUCACAUUAUUUUUUAUUUAUAUUGAUAAGUUGCUGAAAGAUUGGCGGUUCAGAUUACAAUAAUAAAAUUGGACAAUUAUUGAUACAAAUAAGGACUAAUAUUUAGAUCCUCACGUAAAUGUUUAACUUUUUCUGAAAUAUAUUUACUUACCUAAACUUUAAAAACUUUAUAUUACAGAUAAAUAAUUUGUAUGAUUAUUGCUUGACUUAUGAAAUAUGUACUUAGCCACAACUGUUGAUAUCCCGAAAUCACAAACCUAUAGUAUAAGACUAAACCAAGUCAAAAACACGCUUGAAAUAUUCUCUAAAACUCAGAAGGACUAGUCUUUAAAACUCUUAUUAGUUAUUUUAUUAUGCCUGGACUCGUGGUAACACAAUAAUUGGUGAUAGCAUCGCUACUUUCCCAAAUAAAUAUGGUGACGGGUCUUUAAGUUUAACACUAAUAAAUGAAAUGUGUAGGUAAUUACACAAAAACCUGAUUUUGUUAUAGGUGCAGGUUUUUAUUUUUUAUACUAUAGUUAUACUGUAUUUAUAAAUCCUGAGGAAUAUUAUAAGAAAUGCCAAUUUGUAUAAUUCUUUAAGCCUGUAAUUUGGCAAGUGUUUAUAAGAUAAUCACUCGGCCAUGUUAGUUACCCUCACAUUUUUAAUGACAUAAUGUGAUAAGAAAAAAUAAUUAUAUAUGUUAGUAAAAUGUUAAUGUACUUAGUACUUGCUGAGCAACUCCCAUUACAUACGCGUAAUCAGAAGUUUUACUUCCUUUUAUACAGUGUGUGAAGGUUGUUACAGUAGUGGGUAUAAAAGGAACUGUGUAUCUAGCCUGCAUGUAGGCGUGCAAAAGUAUUAUCAAUAAAAUUCAAAUAAAGCACAUACCUUCGUAAUAUUAUUCGCAUAUCGGAUUUCCAGUUGGCUCGUUGGUAAACAAUAAACGUGGCUUUGUAUCACGAAGAAGGAUCAGAGGGUUCCAUAACACCGUAAGUCGCUGAAAAAAUAAAGACAACACAUUACAGCUUUAUUAGAACUCAAAAUUAAACUUUUUCCAAAAAAGUUCAAGCAAUAAGAUGUAUUCGGGUAAUACCGAAUGUCGGAUAAUUCCGAAAUUCAGCCAAAUUCCAUCAUAAUAAAAGUCUCUUUUCGGAAUUAUCCGACAGAUUUUGACAUUCGGUAUUACCCGAGUAAACCUUAGUUAAGUUCUUCAAAAGAAAAAAAAAUCAUAAUACUCUUGGCAGUACGAACAAGCCUUUUUUUUUCAAUUGUUACUUGUUUAAUUAAAUACUUAAAUAGGUAAGUAAUACCUAACUAAAAUUUGAACUGCUGCAGAUAGCAUUAAACGACCAUGUGAGCCAUGGAAUGCAUAUAUUGCAGGUAUCCAUGUCGAUUCUAAAUCUCUAUGCAUACGGCGCUAUGAAAACGAAUCCUAUAUACCUAUAUCAAGCACUAUUAUACAGUAUAUGUUUAGGUCAGGCAUAACUGAAUUGGAUUGUGUGGAUCUUCCUGUGUAAGCACCUCGCUAGUUUAUUAGUAUGGCUUCAUGCCGCGGCCCGUUCCUUCUAAAUUAGAGAUUAAAUCUACGGCGCUCGAUCGUAUGAUGUAUUUAGUGUUUAUAAUCCAUAAAGUAAACAUAACUCUAAAAUUAUCUAAGUACCUGCCGAUAGCCGGCUUUUGUUUAUAUUUUUUCUCUUUUUGGUUACCUAUUCGUUUUUUCUGGAAUCAAUGUAAAAUCUUAUUUCGAAAAGUAGGUACCUACACCGUUUUGUAAAGACCUCCGAAAGUAAAACGAUAAAAUAGGCGAAUGAAAAGUUUAAAAACAGGUAUACGCCUAUUGUUAACUACUCGUUUUAGAGUAAAGCGUGUAGUUUUUAUUAUUAUUAAUCAUUAGUAAUCUCUAACGCUAAAUACCUACCUAUUUCCCCACGGGGAAUCUACAAUAAACGUAAAUCCUACCGAAUAAUGUAAACAAACAAUGCAAUCAGUCUAAAAGCCGUCCUCGAUUUUAUUCAUGAAAUUAUCCUUGAAACUCACGAAUAAACAGUUUGCGUUAGUAGAAAAACGUACGAGUAGGUAGGUAACCUACUAUACUUAACUACCUACCAAAUUCUAUGACGUUCACUUGUCUCAUAUUAUUAACAUGAGUAGGUACAGUCAGAAGCAAUAGUUGCUAAUAAGCGAUCGAGAAUGAUCUUGACGCGACUUUAUUGUUAAGAGUAUAAGAAUGCGUCAAGGUAAUUUUGAAGCAAGAGAGCAGGUUGUGGAAUGUUAUCAGGAUUUCUGAAUAAUUUUACAAGAAAUCAAGGAAGUUUCCAUUUUGGUAAGAGGAUUUUCGAUUAUCCCGAAAUGUCCUUGAUGUCAAAAAGGUCCCAAUUUUGGAAAAUUUCCACCGGUUCAUCAGUAACUUUACGCCUAAGAUUACUGCGCAAGUGUACGAGCCCUUAAGGGACAAGUUCUUGUAAACAUAAAUACGAUCAUGCACGGAAAUCUGAAAGAGAAGAGUAUGAUUCUGAACUGAAUGUAUUGGUUCCCUUAUAUUCCACGACUCUUCUCUUUCCGCACAGACUCGUAAACAUGAUUCAUGUAGAUCCGACGAAAAGUAUUCGUCCAUUUAGUUACUGGGAAGAGGCCAAGUUAGGGGUCAUCCAUUAAUUACGUUACACGAAUUUCUAGGUUUUUGACCCCUCCCCCCUCCUUGUCACACUUGGUCACAUUUGGCAAACCCCUCCCCCGUAGUAUGACGUCACAUUUUUUUCUACGAAAUCGCCAAAUCGAAUUAAGUAAGUACCUAAGUAUUAUUAAUAUUUUAUCAAAAUAUUUUUGGCGAUAUAAAUAUUAGUAAUUUUAUAACCCAAAACUGGUUAGGAAAGAAAAUUAAACGAAUAAAAACGAUUAUCGUUUUAAAAAUUUGUAAUUAAAAUGUACAGCGAAUAAAAUAAUUUAAAUAAAUUUUCGGUUACUGAUGAAGUCAAAGUGACGUCACAAAGUUUGUCUCCUCCCUCCCCCAUGUCACAAUAUGUCACAUUUUCUUGACCCCUCCCUCCCCCUAAACGUGUGACCCCUUACGUCGACGUAGGAAAGAAAAUUAAACGAAUAAAAACGAUUAUCGUUUUAAAAAUUUGUAAUUAAAAUGUACAGCGAAUAAAAUAAUUUAAAUAAAUUUUCGGUUACUGAUGAAGUCAAAGUGACGUCACAAAGUUUGUCUCCUCCCUCCCCCAUGUCACAAUAUGUCACAUUUUCUUGACCCCUCCCUCCCCCUAAACGUGUGACCCCUUACGUCGAAUAUAGGCCGGUACAGGGCGCAGUACCGAUAUGAUGGUCUACGUGACAGCGUGAUAAUUAGCGUUUGGGCUGAUUUAGACGGCACGCGAACUCGCACGCGAUUUUAGUUACAUUGCGGACUGUGGAUUACGUCCAAUUCAACCGACCAAUCAAAACCCGCAAUGGUAUGAAACUCGCAUGCGAGUUCUCGCAUCGUCUAAAUCGGGCUUUUGCCUCUUUACACCGCGCAGUAUAAAAGGUGAUGUUUGCUUUAUCAGAGGGCCUACCACGUUCGACGUGUUGCCUCUCUGUCGCACUUCCUAUCACGUGGAUAUCUCCGUCAAUCAUACGACCGCUGAUCUUUUUCGUAAGGUGUGAAUCAAGUGUUAAUUAUUAGGUACUUAUAUUUAAUUUUAUUUUUCCGGUGUAGGUCGUCUAUGGUCAUAUUUUUACUAGUCUAAUACCUAUGUACCUACGUAGUUUCGCAAAUGUUGUUAGAAAUUCCGUGAUCGGUGUUAAUUUAUUAAUUCGAAUAAGUGCUGUGCUAGCUUUUAAAUCUUUGUGUGCAUAAAUGUGUGGGUAAAUAAAUUAUUGUUGUUGGCAA